AUGGCCGCUCCUUCCAUUCCCAAUCUCAACAGCCUGCGUGCUCGAACUGGUCUGAGACGUGGUAGAGGUCGUGGACGUCCUACAGAUUCAGACGCCACCGAAGAAGAUGCUCAAGAUGCUCGCGACAAAAUCAUUCGCCAGACCGACGGCGACGCUUCCAAUUCCCGACUGAGUGCUGUACAGCUUGGUUACUUGAAUGAUGAAUACGCAACAUGUUUUCUUCAAGGCCAAAUACCCAGACGAUAUCCUCUCAUCAAUCGCGGCACCUAUGUUCGUACAUCUGCCAUCGAUCGUCUAGUCGACAACUUUCUCGCUACUGCAAUCGAUGCACACACUUCGAGUGAAUCUACUGCUCCUUUAGCCCAGAUCAUCUCACUAGGUGCUGGCUCUGACACACGAUUCUUCCGUCUGUCGCCUGAACGACGACUUCGACUCGUCUACCACGAACUCGAUUUCCUCGACAACGUCCAAGCAAAACUCUCCGCCAUCUCCUCAACCCCAAAACUCUCCCACCUCCUCUCCAACCCUCAAAUCUUCACCGAUAAAUCCUCCCUCCUUUCUCCAACCUACAAUCUCCACUCUAUCGACCUGCGCGAUCUGGCCUCUACAACCCCACCUUCGAUUCCAAACCUCUCGACCGAGCUUCCCACCCUUUUACUCAGCGAAUGCUGUCUCUGCUACCUGCCAUCCCAAACAACAUCCUCCAUCCUCUCCUACUUCACCUCUGUAAUCCCUACCUCCUCUCUAGCUUUAAUCCUCUACGAACCAAUCCGCCCCUACGACUCUUUCGGUAAAACCAUGCUCGCCAACCUCGCUUCCAGAGGCAUAGCCCUCCAGACCGUANAAAAGUACUACUCCCUCCACGCCCAACGUCAACGAUUCAAAACCGCUGGGUUGGUGGGUGGGCAGGGUGCUGUGGAUGUAGAGCAGAUCUACUAUGGCGAUGAGUGGGUAGACGAANAAGAAAGAGAUAGAGUGGAGAGAUUGGAAUGGUUGGAUGAGGUUGAGGAGUGGAAGUUGUUGGCCUCGCAUUAUUGUGUUGCUUGGGGUUGGAGAGAUGGAGAUGAUGAAAAUGUGUUUGCUGAGGCGUGGAAGAAUGUUAAUGGGGAUAGGACUGAGAAGGAAGUUGUUGAUGAUGAGAUCAUGUAG